CCAGCACCGUGUUCCACCAAGGUUCCAGCCAGCACUGCACCCACCAAGGUCCCAGCCAGAACUGAGUUCACCAAGGUUCCAGCCAGCACCGUGCUCCACCAAGGUUCCAGCCAACACCGUUCUCCACCAGGUUCCAGCCAGCACCGUGUUCCACCAAGGCUUCAGCCUGCACCGUGCCCACCAAGGUUCCAGCCAGCACCGUGCUCCACCAAGGUUCCAGCCAACAACGUCUCUCCACCAGGGUUCCAGCCAGCACCGUGUUCCACUGCUUCAGCCUGCACCGCUCCACCAAGGUUCCAGCCAGCACCGUGCUCCACCAAGGUUCCAGCCAACAAUGUUCUCCACCAGGUUCCAGCCAGCACCGUGUUCCACCAAGGCCCCAGCCAGCACCCCGUGCUCCACCAAGGUUCCAGCCAGCACCGUAUCCCACCAAUGCUCAGCCUGCACCGUACCCACUCUGUUCCAGCCAGCACCGUGUUCCACCAGGCUCCAGCCACACCGUGUUCCACCUGUUCCAGCCAGCACCGUGUUCCACCAAGGUUCCAGCCAGCACCGUGUUCCACCAAGGUUCCAGCCAGCACCGUGUUCAACCAAGGUCCAGCCAGCACCGUGUUCCACCACAGUUCCAAGCCAGCACCGUGUUCCACCAAUGUUCCAGCCAGCACCGUGCUCCACCAAGGUUCCAGCCAACACCGCUCUCCACCAGGUUCCAGCCAGCACCGUGUUCCACCAAGGCUUCAGCCCACCGUGCUCCACCAAGGUUCCAGCCAGCACCUGCUCCACCAACGUUCCAGCCAACACCGUUCUCCACCAGGGUCCCCAGCCAGCACCGCCCCCACCAAGGCUCCAGCCAGCACCGUGCUCCACCAAUGUUCCAGCCACACCCUGCCCACCAAGGCUUCCAGCCUGCACCGUGCUCCACCCGCUGUUCCAGCCACCGUGUUCCACCAAGGUUCCAGCCAGCACCGUGUUCCACCAAUGUUCCAGCCAGCACCGUGUUCCGCUUCAGCCUGCACCGUGCUCCACCAAGGUUCCAGCCAGCACCGUGCUCCACCAAGGUUCCAGCCAGCACCGUGCUCCACCAAGGUCUCCAGCCAGCACCGUGCUCCACCAAGGUUCCAGCCAGCACCGUGUUCCACCAAUGUUCCAGCCAGCACCGUGCUCCACCAAGGCUCCAGCCAGCACCGUGUUCCACCAAAGGCUUCAGCCUGCACCGUGCUCCACCGAGGUUCAACGCCAGCACCGUGCUCCACAAGGAAAGGUUCCAGCCGCUUACCGUUUCUCCACCCAGGGUUUCCGACAGCGCACCGUGUUCCGCAAAGGCCCCAGCCCAGCACCGUGCUCCACAAGGUUCAACCAGCACCGUGUUCCUGGGCUUCAGCCUGCACCGUGCUCCACCAAGGUUCCAGCCAGCACCGUGUUCCACCGGGCUCCCAGCAGCACCGUGUUCCACCAAGGUUCAACCAACGGCGUGUUCCGCAAGGUUCAGCCAGCACCGUGUUUUCACCGGGUUAGCCUUUCAUUGUUCCACCGAGUUCCGGCAGCACCGUAUUUACCAAAGGUCCAGCCAGCACCUGCACCAAGGUUCCAGCCAGCACCGUGCUCCACCAGGUUCAGCCAACACCGUUCUCCUGGGGUUCCAGCCAGCACGUGGUACCCACAAGAGCUUCAGCCUGCACCGUGCUCCUGGGCUCCAGCCAGCACCGUGAUCCACCAAGGUUCCAGCCUGCACCGUGUUCCACCAAGGUUCCAGCCAGCACCGUGUUCCACCAAGGUUCCAGCCAGCACCGUGCUCCACCAAGGUUCCAGCCAGCACCGUGUUCCACCAAGGCUUCAGCCUGCACCGUGUUCCACCAAGGCUUCAGCCAGCACCGUGUUCCACCAAGGUUCCAGCCCGCGCAAUGUUCCCGCAAGGUUCCAGCCAGCACCGUGUUUUCACCAAGGCUUCAGCCUGCACCGUGCUCACAAGGUUUCCAGCAGCACCGUGCUCCACCAGGUUCAACCAGCACCGUGCUCCACAGGUUCCAGCCAGCACCGUGCUCUGAGUUCCAGCCAGCACCGUGUUCACCAAGGUUCAGCCAGCACCGUGCUCCACCAAAAGGAAGCAGCCAGCAAAGUGUUCCACCCCAGGCUUCCAGCCUGCACCGUGUUCCACCAGGCUCCAGCCAGCACCGUGCUCCACCCAAGGUUCCAGCCAGCACCGUGUUCCCUGGGUUGCCAGCACCGUGUUCCUGAGUUCCAGCCAGCACCGUGUUCCACCAAGGAGGCUCCAGCCGCUGUGCUCCACCAAGGUUCAACUUCAGCACCGUGUUCACAAGGUUCCAGCCAGCACCGUGUUCCACCAAGGCUUCAGCCUGCACCGUGUUCCACCAAGGUUCCAGCCAGCACCGUGUUCCACCAAGGCUUCAGCCAGCACCGUGUUCCACCAAGGUUCCAGCCAGCACCGUGUUCCACCAAGGCUUCAGCCAGCACCGUGUUCCACCAAGGCUUCAGCCUGCACCGUGUUCCAAUAAGGCUUCAGCCAGCACUGUGCUCCACCAAGGCUUCAGCCUGCACCGUGUUCCACCAAGGCUUCAGCCAGCACUGUGUUCCACCAAGGCUUCAGCCAGCACCGUGCUCCACCAAGGCUUCAGCCAGCACCGUGCUCCACCAAGGCUUCAGCCAGCACUGUGUUCCACCAAGGCUUCAGCCAGCACCGUGUCUCCACCAAGGCUUCAGCCUGCACUGUGUUCCACCAAGGCUUCAGCCAGCACUGUGUUCAACGCUUCAGCCCUGCACUGUGUUCCACCGGCUUCAGCCAGCACUGUGUUCCACUGCUUCAGCCUGCACUGUGUUCCACACAAGGCUUCAGCCAGCACCGUGUUCCACCAAGGCUUCAGCCUGCACCGUGUUCCACCAGGGCUUCAGCCUGCACUGUGUCUCCACCAAGGCUUCAGCCAGCACUGUGUUCCACCAAGGCUUCAGCCAGCACUGUGUUCCACUAAGGCUUCAGCCUGCAAUUGCAGCUUCCACCAGGGCUUCAGCCUGCACCGUAAGUUCCACCAAGGCUUCAGCCAGCACCGUGUUCCACCAAGGCUUCAGCCAGCACCGUGUUCCACCAAGGCUUCAGCCUGCACUGUGCUCCACCAAAGCUUCAGCCUGCACUGUGUUCCACCAAGGCUUCAGCCAGCACUGUGUCCCACCAAGGCUUCAGCCAGCACCGUGUAUCCACCAAGGCUUCAGCCUGCACCGUGUUCCACCAGGGCUUCAGCCUGCACCGUGUUCCACCAAGGCUUCAGCCAGCACUGUGUUCCACCAAGGCUUCAGCCAGCACCGUGUUCCACCAAGUCAGCCUGCACCGUGUUCCACUCAAGGCUUCAGCCAGCACCGUGUUCCACCUCAUUAA